AUGCACUUCUCCAAGACCUCCCUUAUCCUUCUGGGGCUUGCUUCCAGCACUGUGUUUGGACUUGUUGCUCGAGACAGCAGCAAAGUCAAGUACGAUCGAUACGACGUCCCGGCGGUUGAAGAACGUGACAGCAGCAAAGUCAAGUACGAUCGAUACGAUGUCCCGGCGGUUGAAGAACGUGACAGCAGCAAAGUCAAGUACGAUCGAUACGAUGCCCCUGCUGUUGAAACACGUGAUAGCAGCAAAGUCAAUUCAAGCUCCUUGCCAUCCUCUUUCUCUGCCACAGCCGUGGCCGCCCUCCAGGACCCGGGCACCUUAUCCUCUUCCUCCCCCUCUGAUGAGUCCGGCCUCCUCCUCGACUCAGUCCCCAGCUUCAUUCUGAGCGUCCUCGAGACCGCCAUCCCGGCCACCUGGUGGAGUGGCAUCACGAACCCAACCUCCGUCUCCUCUUUCAUCUCCCAGAUUGAAGCCGUUACCAUGCCCGCCUGGUGCAACAGCCUGCCCAGCAGCGUCAAGGCCUGGUACACCAGUGCUUACAGCGGCGGUUUCGCCAACCCCUUCAUCGAUGCUUUGGCUACUCCUCUAAUUACUGCUACUACCAGUACUACCGCUAGUGUUACGACUACUACUAGCUUGGCUCAUUUGACUAGUUCCGCUAGUACGGCUAAUUCCUCUGGUAUUACUACUAUAGGCGGCGCUAUCUCUUCGGCUUCAGCUUCGGCUUCGUCUGAUCUUUCUAAUGCUACUUCUACUGGUGGUGUUGCUGUGAGUGGUACUACUGAUACCACUACAAUCGAUCGUGCUUCUCCUUCACUUCGCAUUCACCUUAGUUCUCAUCAAAACCUUUCUGAUAACGACGAAAUCCUUGGAGAUAUACCGAAUACACCACCUGAACCAAGAUAA